UUAAAAAUUUCAGAGAAAAGCAAAAAAAUGAGAGGGCGAAAAAGGGGGAGAAAUUUUCAGAGAAAAGCAAACCGAAAAUGCGGAAUUUUGACAGAGACGCAGCGAGAUUUGAUUCGUGAUCUCUCUUUCUCUCUCUCUAACCCUACUGGAGUUACGAUUUCGUUCGCGACUCCUUGAAUAAUUUCCUUCUGAUUUCGAUUUCUCUCUGUUGCUGCUUUGAACCAGAUCUGUCUGUUUCCGGAACGAUCAUUUUGUUUUGUUUUUGUUGGUUGUUUUGUCUGUGUUUUUGUUUGGAAUUCCACGCUUCUUCCCUGGUUUUGCGACUCUUGAUCGGACAGAAAGCGAGAUGGUUUUUAUCCGGCGUUAAGGUUGUUUCUGCUUUUGCGAUUCCACAAGAUUAAUGUUUGAUGAUUCUAUCGAAGCUCUUUCGAGUUCCGAGUAUUUGAUUGCCACUGGAAGGAUUCAACAUAGAGCACCAAGAGAAUUCAAUUUCUAGUAUAGUUGUUGGUAUAUUGAUUUGAUGCAAGAAUCUAUUGCUGGGUCAUUUGGGUGAGGGCUAUGUGAGUUAUGGUAUCGGACACAUUUAUGCGGAUUGUUUCACCGUGUUGGAGACCUUCAGUCGAGGGAGAAAAUUCCAGUCGACACCACGGGGACACGAAUGGACGGAUUGAUGGGCUGUUGUGGUACAAAGAUUCAGGACAACAUGUUGCAGGGGAUUUCUCGAUGGCCGUGAUCCAAGCCAAUAGUCUUCUCGAAGAUCAUAGUCAGCUCCAGUCGGGGCCGAUGAGCUUGGUUGAUUCGGGUCCCCAAGGAACUUUCAUCGGUGUAUAUGAUGGGCAUGGUGGUCCAGAAGCUGCCUGGUUUGUCAAUCAGCACCUCUUCGAUAACAUCAGGAAAUUCACAUCGGAGACUCAUGGAAUGUCUGCCUCUGUCAUAACCAAAGCGUUUUUGGCUACAGAAGAGGAAUUUCUGUCUCUUGUGCGUAAGCAGUUUCAGACAAUGCCUCAAAUCGCUUCUGUCGGGGCAUGCUGUCUGGUAGGAAUCAUAUGCGGUGGAUUGCUUUACAUUGCAAACGCGGGAGAUUCUCGGGUUGUGUUAGGAAGGCUCGAAACAACAUAUAAAUUGGUCAAGGCCAUUCAGUUAUCAUCCGAGCAUAAUGCAAGUAUCGAAUCUGUAAGGGAGGAGUUGCACUUGUUGCAUCCUGAUGAUCCGCAGAUCGUGGUUUUGAAACACAAAGUUUGGCGUGUGAAAGGUAUUAUACAGGUCUCAAGGUCAAUUGGUGAUGCAUACUUAAAGAAGGCAGAGUUCAAUCGUGAGCCUUUGUUGGCUAAGUUCCGACUUCCGGAGCCUUUCAGUACACCGAUCCUUAGUGCUGAGCCUGCUAUAACCGUCCACAAGAUUCAACCCGAGGAUCAGUUUCUUAUAUUUGCUUCUGACGGGUUAUGGGAGCACCUGAGCAACCAAGAGGCAGUUGACAUCGUGAAUACCUGCCCACGUAAUGGAAUCGCGAGGAAGCUCGUCAAAACGGCUCUAAGAGAGGCGGCAAAGAAGAGAGAGAUGAGAUAUUCGGAUCUGAAGAAGAUCGACAGAGGCGUCAGGAGACAUUUCCACGACGAUAUAACGGUAAUUGUGGUGUUUCUCGAUUCCAACCUCGUAAGCCGUGGCUUCUCCCGCCGUCCUCUCCUCUCAAUAACCGGCGGCGGCGACUUGGCCCGAAGUUCAAAUUCCUUUUCCUAAGUCCAGUCUCAGGCUGACCGACCUUCAUAUAAAUCUAUAUAAUUCAGUAACAGAGCCUUUUUUUUGGUCCCAAAUAUCUAAUUUUCCACCCAUUUUUUUAACUCACCCUAAAAGAAAUGAAGAGUUCAAACGAAAAGAUCAAAAUGUGUUGGAAAUUAGGAUUAUCACUUCUCAGUGCUGCUCUCAUACGACAACAUUAGCGUAAUGCGUUGCAAAGUGGGCGGCAUAACAGAAAAAAUGGUGAAAAUGUUAUGAAUUUUAGUAUAUGGUGUAAUUAAGUUAUA